CAUAUCCGCUCAUCUGCUUCUUGGCAUUUUUUUGCAACCUACUUGGGUGUUCAAGUGUGUGUGUUGCUCUUUUGGGGCGGUUAAAUGAAGAAAGGAUGACACACAGUACAUUUGGACAUGUCUUUUGUAUGUUUGUUGUCUCUGUCAGAGGUCUAACUUCUCUGAUCCAAACACGGCGGACAGAGACGGCAGCAGUGGGAGACCAGGCCCGUUUAAACUGUCUGCUCUUACGAACCAAAGAUGUUCAUGAAGUCACCUGGCAGAAGAUCUCACCUGGUGGAGAGAGGACCGUCGCCACUGACACCAAACACUAUGGUCAGACGAUACAACCUGACUUCAGCCACAGAGUUGAGUUUAAAGAUGCUGACCUACAGAACAGCUCCAUAGUGAUCAGGGAGGUGACAGAGGAGGAUGAAGGCUGCUAUUGCUGCUUGUUUAACACCUAUCCUGAUGGUGCUCUCAUUGCUACAACCUGCUUGCAAGUUCUUGAGCUGCAUGAACCCAUUCUAAGUCUCAGAGAAUCCAACUCCACCGAAGAGGCCAUCGUUUCCUGCUCGGCUACAGGACGGCCCACUCCCACUGUGACGAUUACAGCCCCUCAGCAGGAUUUGUACUUCUUACACAAUCAUUCUGUCAGUGUCUUCAACAACGACAGCACAGUCACCGUCACCAGGACAGCUGUGCUGUCUCGUCUACAUGAGAACAGCACUCAGGUUGGGUGUACAGCAGAAGUGCUCUCUAGUCCUAAGAAAGCCGUGUUCAUCAUGCUGUCUGAGGUCAGACCCAUGUCUGAUGAAGAUGGUUCUGAUGAGGAAUCUGGGGGUAAAAUCAGCGGUCGUGGUAGGACUUCUGCCUUCAUUGGGUUGUUUAUUUCAUUGAUCGCAGUCAUUCUUGCAGUCGUCUUUAUCUGGCAUAGAUUGAAAAAGCCAACCAGUCGGUCACAUGACAUCCUGGAAAUGAAUGAAACAACUCAAGCUACAGUGGAAGACCCUCAUAUGGAUGAAGCAUCCUUACAGGAGAAUCCUCCAGUCAGACUCUGAUCAUCUCCUGUGAAAAGAGAAGAAAAUAGGAUGUAACACAAAUGUGUCAGCUUUAACAUCAAGGAGACGGUGUCACUGAUCAGAUGAAUGAAGUUUGUGCAUAACUGUGAGGAGGUGAGGCACAAGAUAUAAAAGGGCAUUACCUCCUUACCUCCCUGUUAACACCUUUAAAAACAAACAAUAAGGGAAAAUAAAAGGGUGGGGAAAAAUAAUAAUGCUAUAAACACUGAAUUAUUUACCACAUGAAAAAAACUAUGGACAAAAUGAGAAUAAGACACUGGACAACAAUACUCUAAUAUUUUGAGAUAGUUGAUUUUGGAUUUUCAUGAGCUCAAAAUUAAAACAAAGUCUUGAAAUAUUUCACUUUGUAUGAGAUGAAUCCAGAAUAUAUGGAAGGAUAACUUUUAGUGAAAAUCAUAGCAAAAAAUAAUAAUAAAAUUAAAUUAGAUUUCAAAAAGGAACAAAAACAAAACCCUUUUUCCAUGAUGUUCUAUUUUUUAGACGCACCUGAAUACCCCAUGUAAUGGAUUUAUGAAACAGUCUAUCUGGUGUGUCAGGUUUAUGGGUUAUGGCCAUUUUUCAACAGUUUUGUUUUGAAAUAAAUCAAUUUGAACAAAAAAUAAGUUCAAAUCAAUUGGUAGCAAAUAUACAAGACAUCAAAAUAGUAUAAUCUGCACAAAGAGCCUCAUUUAUGUGCAAUUUUAGGGACUAAGAAAAAAAAAAGAGAGAAUUUUCCACUGCCAAUAACAGUUAUAAUAAUCCCAUGAAAUACUGAGUUAAACAACAGCUGAACUAGUUUGCAGAGAGCUGGAUGCUACAAACACAGCUAACCCAGGUACAGCUCACAUUAGCACAGACCAAGGAGGGGUCACUCCAUGCAAACAACCAUAACUUGAUUUUAAAUCACGGACCAGUGUGACACUAAGAAAGCACUAAACAGACUGAUGGCAAGGUGUGUUGGUGAAGACAUACUUCUGACAUAAGCUGUAGAGUUGCUGCCUUCAGAGAAAUAAUGAGAACAAAACAGAAAAGAGGAGAAAUAGGACCAUCAUGCACAAGUACAUAGAGAGCAGCUGAAAUUUAAUCUUUAAUUUCAUUCAGAGUUCGAACAAAUGUUACUUUUGUUUUGCUAAUGGCAGCACUAUACUGCCAUUUUGGUUUCAUUUUUAGGAUUUAAACUGGCUCUACUGUGAGAACUGAGAGGAAGUGGCACUCCUCUGCAAUGAAUGUACUGAGAAUUUCAAUGUUUGUUUUUAGCUCAGUGAAUUAAAUCACUCAAAUGAAUAAUUUAAAAUGUGUUAAAAUAAGCUGUUGUGAUUAAAAACAGACAUAUGUAUUUAUCUACAUCAUUUCACUUUCUAUUUCACAUUUGGCAUUAAUUUAAAACUGUUGCUCUUUUAUACUUGUUCAGUGUUUGUGUUUUAAUGUUAUUUGUAGCACAAUAUUCAACGCACUUUCACUGAUUGUCUGCUGUGAACUUAUAGAUGAAUUCUUUUGCUUUUUAAAAACAGUAUAAUUGGAGAAAUUCAGAUAAUCUGUUACUUUAACCUUGUGUUGCUGAAUUUCCAUGUAAGCUGCAGAUAUUUGUCUUUUUUAUUAAAUUGCACUUUAUUGUCA